UAUGAAUAUGGUGCUAGCUGAUGUGGACUGUCAUUGAAAAUUUCAAUACCCUUUUUUAACCAAUUUCUAUAAAAGCAAGACGUUGUGCAAAGCGUUAUAAAAAAUGACCAAUUCAAAAGGUUACCGUCGUGGAACAAGGGAUAUGUUUUCCCGUCCAUUUAAAAAACAUGGUGUCAUUCCUCUUUCAACUUAUUUAAAAGUAUAUAAAACAGGCGAUAUUGUCGACAUCAAAGGACAUGGUGCCGUGCAAAAAGGUAUGCCAUACAAAGCAUAUCAUGGUAAAACUGGAAGAGUGUACAACGUAACUUCACAUGCUGUUGGUGUUAUUGUAAACAAAAGAGUUCGUCACAGAAUUAUUCCAAAAAGAAUUAAUGUACGUAUUGAACAUAUUAGUCAUUCUAAAUGUAGAGAAGACUUCUUACGUCGCGUCAAGGAAAACGAACGCAAAUUAAAGGAAGCAAAAGAAAAGAAGAUAAUGGUUAACUUAAAACGUAUUCCUGAGCAACCAAAAAAAGCACAUUUCGUAAAAAAAGUAGAUGAACCAAUUCUAUUGGCUCCAGUCCCAUAUGAGUUUAUUGCUUAAGGAUAUAAUAGUUACAACAAUAAAGAAAUAAUUUGAAUAAA